GGUACCCCGUAGAAUCCUUUACAAAAAGCUCUGUUUUCAUUUCAUAAUUCCACAGUAUUUUGGACAUAUUUUGCAAUGAAGGCUGCAAAGAAGACAGUUGUAGGUGGGAUCGGUGUAUUAGCAGCGGACUACAGCAACACAACCAGGAGGACUUUGUUGGAGCGCUAGCCGCGCUAGCCGCGCUAGCCGCGCUAGCCGCGCUAGCCGCCACCUCACCUUGACUUCCUACGUCUCCGGGCCGCCAAACGCAUCGGGUGAAGUCCUUCGUCCUUCUGCCGAUCGCUGGAACGCAGAAUGUUCCGCACUGGCAGAAGAAGACGACAGUCCUCCCUUCCUGACUGUGGAACAAUCAGAGAAAACUGCAGCCAGACUCCAUGUGGGGAAGUCUCUGCUGAUUGGCUGAGAUGUGUGAUGUCAGCCGGGGGCCGGCCUAUAAAGAGCUUCUUGCCCCCACACAGGCGUCACAGAAGCAUCCACGGGAGUACUGCAGAGUCCACCACGGGAGUACUGCAGAGUCCACCACACCACGUCUCACCAUGUGCAGAGGACUUGAUCUGCUGCCCAUCACCUGCUUGGAGAGGGCCAAGGAGCUGAAGGCUCUGUUCGGGAGUCUCCUGCAGAAGUCGGACCAGGUGCAGCCCAGGAGGAGCCAGCAGAGUCCCAGCUUCCACGUGGACGAGCGGCUGCAAUGGAAGGACUCCUUCGACAAAAUGCUCUGCAGUCCCAACGGGUUGUGCCUAUUCCGAGCCUUCCUGGUGUCGGAGUUCAGCGAGGAGAACAUCGCCUUCUACUUGGCGUGUGAGGACUACAAGACCACCAAGCCCUCCAAGAUGUCCGCCAAGGCCAGGAGGAUCUACGAGGAGUUCAUCAGCACGGACGCUCCCCGGGAGGUCAACCUGGACCACGUGACCAAAGCCCUCAUCCAGGAGAACGUGGAGAGUCCCGCUCGGACGUGUUUCGACCUGGCCCAAGCCAAGAUCUACACCCUGAUGGAGAAGGACUGCUACCCUCGUUUCCUCAAGUCCUUGACCCAGCAGACCGGACCGGAGCGCCUGGGCGGCUCCGUCAGGAUCUGCCCGGCCAGCGGCAGGCAGAACUGAGCCGCUCUCAGACAGGAACUUGCCGACGCCACAAAUAUACUCGCAGCCCAGGAGACAGGUGGCAGGACCCGAGUCCCGGCUGAAGAACCCGGGUCCCGGCUGAAGGACCCGAGUCCCGGCUGAAGAACCCGAGUCUUGGCUGAAGGACCCGAGUCUUGGCUGAAGGACCCGAGUCCUGGCUGAAGGACCCGAGUCCCGGCUGAAGGACCCGAGUCUUGGCUGAAGGACCCGAGUCCCGGCUGAAGGACCCGAGUCCCGGCUAGAGGACUGGAAGCUGUGACUGAUGGUUGUGAACAGAAGCACUAUGUUACUCUCAGUAUGUGACUAAGAGAGUCUUUAUUUAUUUCAUCUUUUUUACUGUAAAUGUGUAUUUAUAUCAAGGAAAUAAUAUUGCUUUUGUAUUUAUUGAUUUGUCAAAUAAAUGUGUCAA